AUGUGUGUUUGUUGAGAUUUACUUUAUUAGAGAAAAGAGAAGGGGUGGAGUGGUGAUUUACUAACAGGUUCUGUCUUUGUCAGUCCACUAUUAAUUUCUCCAGCUCUAAACAUGCUGCUGCUGCUGCUGCUGCUGCUCCUACUGCUGCUGUCAUCAGGUGAUGGCCAGACUCAGCGGGCAUCUGGCCAGAAGAAGAACGGCUCGUGUGUGUGUGCGGUGGACUCUAACCUGUGGUCAUUCCCUGCUGUGAAGUAUGAGGCCGUGCUGCAGCAGGUUCUGUCCUGUGAAGGAUCUUUGAACAACCUGCAGGAACAGUUGAAGUUGUCCAGCCAGCGUCUCCCUCAGAUCCAGGCUCUGGUUAAGAAUGUGACGGCCCGGCUGGAGCCUCACCAGUACCUGCACGACCAGGGCCUGUACACGGCCUUGUCUCUGCGCCUGCUGGGCCAGGAGCUCAGCCAGCUGGAGACAAAUGUUGGUGCCAUUCACAGCCAGCUAAACAACACCCAAACACAAAAACUCUCCAAAGAGGUGGUUAAAUUGCGUACAGAUGUAGACAGGAUGCAAAUGUCAGACACAAUUAACAUGAAGACAGUCAAAGAGAAACUGCGCUACCUGAAGAACACUGCUGAGUCUUGCAAGUCAAUCCCCAAAGACUUCAGAGGCCGGGACAGGUACUGCCUCAAGGGCCUGAUCACCAACAUUAGCGAUCCUGUCAUUACUAAGGUCAGUCCCCACGGUAAGAGCUACAUUUCUGGUUCAUGGGGCAAACAGGCCCAGAUGGACAGUGAGGGGCAGAAGAACAGCUACUGGGUUCAGCCUCUGCUCGCCAGCCACAUCUGGGGCAACUCCCUGCGCGUAUACCAAACCUACGAAGACUUCAUGGCCUCUGCCAACCACAGGGACUUUACAUUUGCUCCAUCCUACAGUCACGCCAACAGCAUUGAGGGUCCCAGUGCUGUUCUAUAUGGUGAAGCGCUGUACUAUCACUGCUACCGCUCUGCAGACGUCUGUCGCUACGACCUGAACAGCAACACCGUCAAACGGGUGACACUCCCAGGCACCGGCGUGGGUUUCAACAACAAGUUCCCGUAUUGUUACUAUGACUGUCGUGCCAAUAGUGAUGUGGACGUGGAGGCAGACGAGACGGGACUAUGGGCCCUCUAUGCCACUGUCGGUAACCACGGUAAUCUAGUGGUGAGCCAGCUAGUUUGGGACAGCGAGGCUGAGACACUCAAUGUCUCACAGACGUGGGAGACGAGGCUGUUCAAGAAGGCGGUGAGCAAUGCUUUCAUGGUGUGCGGUGUGCUAUAUGCCACUCGUUAUGUGGACGAAUACCGCGAGGAGGUGUUCUAUGCCUUCGACACAGCAACAGGCAAAGAAGACAACUCACUAGCGCUGCCAAUGGAGAAGGUAGCUAAAGGAGUGGCCAGUCUGAGCUAUAACCCCACCAACAGGCAGAUCUACAUGUACAACGAUGGAUAUCUACUGGCCUACGAGGCCAACUUCUGAUCUGAAGCUAUGUAUUGUAAUUUCCAUGUUAGCCAUGUUCACAUAGCACUAAAUAACAAGAAAUAAAACUUAGCCAGAGAAGGUCCAGCUCAGAUUAUAUCAAAGUACAUAUUAUAUCAUGAUAUAUCAUAAUGAUCCAUGAAGUUAGGAUAUGUAGAGCAUAUCAAACUGUAUGAUUUAACAAAUGUUUGUAAUGUAGUAACAGACUGGAAUAAAGCUGAAAAUCAAUAAAAACAAAUCACAUAGUAAACUAUAUCUAACUUUAAUAGCAUUUUCUUCCAAUAGAAAAUGUAGUCAUUGUGUUAGCGGUAAUUGCAGACUGGUGUGUCAGGUCUUUUGCCACGCUUGCAGCUCUGUACAGCUCGCUGUACUAAGGCAGUGGGGAUUUGAGCUAAAUGCUAAUGUCAGGAUGCUAACAUGCUCACAAUGACAGUGUUAAUAUGCUGAUGUAUAGAAGGAAACCUUUACCAUGUUCACUCUCUUUGUUUAGUGUGUUAGCAUGCUAACUUUUGCUAAUUCAUCCUGGCCCAAACUGGUGAGUCUACUGUCAUUGUCCAUCUCUACAGCCCCUCUGCUAGCAUGGCACAACACAAACACUUAGUUCAAUUUAAAAUCAAUCAAGUAUUACACUUUGCUUUGGAGAAAGACUUGAGGCUGAUAUUUCUUUAUUGUUUAAUAUUGGUGGCAUUAUCAACUAAAAAAGGUAGUAUUACAUAUAAAGUUCAUAGGAGUUAACAGUAAGAGCAUGAGCUGACAGUGAAAUUUAGGCAUCCACAGUGUAUUAUCAGAGGAUCAUAAUGUAAAACCUGCCAGUGAACAUAUUACAGCCUGCAGGUCAGCUCAUUGGGUGGCUGAUCCAGUCUGAGCGAGCAGGGGCUGGCACAAGGACUGAUGGGCACUCUCACAGUCUGGUUUGGCUUGUAUGAGUGUAACAAUAACUUUUACAUAAACUUACCAAACUUAUAUCCUGAGACUUCAGAUGACUAUGACAUCUGACUAAAUCAUCUUGAGACAUCCAGCGAAGGACUGCUGGAUAUUAUGAGCCAUGCUGUCAUUCUCUGUAUUCUACUUCUACUGCUACAUUAUAUUUCACAAACGCAGAAGCAGUUCUAUUUGAACUAUUGCUGUACAUUCAUAUUCAGCUUAGGGUACAGGUAAGAAUGUGUAUAGCUUGAUAGACAUAAGACUCUAUGAAAUUAUAUUUUUCAGGCAGAUAAGACUCACAGGCUACAUUACAUUCAUUGUAAUGAAUGCCUUUUUACCACCAGAGUGCUGAGACAUUAGAGUGAAGGACAUACCAGAAGCGGCACGCACCAAUGGUAUCUAUCUAUCUUAUUGAUUAGUAAUAAAAAACUGCUUUUGCAAUUAGCAACACCUAGCAUAUUAGCAUAACAAGCCCAACACUGCACACUCACAUAUGUAUCAAUAUAUGGAGGUCUACCCUGGCAAUCAUCCAGGAGCAAUGUCUAGUUGUCUGUCUUUAUAUUUUGACUCAUAAUUUCAUGUAGGAUACAUUAAAAGUUACUAUGUGUAA